ACCUACAUUAUAUUCUCUUUGGUACUUAACGAGUGGCUAGAAAAUUAAGGUUUUAGUUUUUUGGAUUUUUAUCACAAUUUGUAAGUUGAUCUAAUUUGAGAAAUGAUUACAAAUAAUAAUUCUGAAGAACCAAUAAAAAAAAAACGGCGCAUCAGCAGUGAAUGUUCCAAUAAAGCAAUCGCUAAUCUCGAAAUACUUAGCAAUACCGACGAAAAGAAAGCUAAAGUACGCGUUCGUAAAAAGCAUAUUCCGAAGUUUCGAUUGAUAACUACUGGGAUAAAUGCUUUGUUAACUACACCUUUACAGGAUAGAGUGCCUUUGACCCUCACAGACAUACAACAUUUAUUGUUACAUUCAUUACUAGGUAACGUUAACCUAACUCAAUCACCACGCUGGUAUGUACUAGAUAAAUGUGACUACUUAAAACAAACCACUUGUCUGAUAGUUGAAGGAAUCUCUAUAAAGCAUUGGGAAAUGUACAACAGUAGCUUAUCUAAAACUAAGAUGAUAUUUGAUAAUGUAGUGGAGAUUCUAACUCCUUCUGUUUACAAUGGAUCCUUAGUCAAGGAGCUAGCAUUGGUACCUCUUUCUGAAGCUGACAAAGGAACCUUGAUACAGAAAUAUGGCAGUAUGAACUUGGCCCUAGAGGUUAGAAAAGACUUGAAUGUUAUGAUGAAAGCUGUUUUUCCUAUUGGUGAUGAAGUUUCAGACACAUCUAGUGGAAUCAGCUUAGAAGAAAAAUUUCCAAGAACACAGUUAAUUCUUUCUGCAUGGCAGUUAAUAGAGGAGAACUAUCCAGUUCCUUUGAAAGGUAAAUUAAAAGCUAUUUAUGCAGAUUAUGUUUUAUCUAAAGAAGCAUAUAAGCCUGUAACUGCAAAGUCACCAAUGUUUGGCCUAGACUGUGAAAUGUGUCUCACGGAGGCUGGUUCGGAGCUAACUAGAGUAUCUGUUGUUAAUGAAAAACAUGAAACAAUAUAUGAAUCUUUUGUUCAGCCCUUUAAUAAAAUAGUUGAUUAUUUAACACGCUAUUCUGGUAUUACUAAGACGUUAUUAGAAAAUGUGACUAAGAGACUGGAAGAUGUGCAGCAAGAAUUACGUGACUUACUACCACCCGAUGCAAUAUUGGUUGGUCAGUCGUUACAAGUAGACUUACAUGCCUUGAAAAUGAUGCAUCCCUAUAUAAUAGAUACUAGUAUGAUAUAUAAUUUUGCUGGUGAAAGAACAAGAAAACCGAAACUUAAAAUACUAGCAAAAGAAUUCUUGAAUGAAGACAUUCAAAGCAGUAAGAACGGUCACUGUUCAGUUGAAGAUUCUCUAGCGUCAAUAAAACUUGUUCAAUUAAAGCUAAGCAAGAGCAUGGAAUUUGGAGAUGCUGUUCAUACCAAUAGGCAACAGUAUAAGGAGAACGCUAUAAAAAUGUCUACAAAGCCACAAUAUGCUGUGCCCAUCUUCAACCACAUCAUCGAUCAGAGAAAAACUUCAGUGGUUAUAGGAUGUGACAAUAUUACAGGAGAUUAUCACACUUUUUUAACCCAAGCUAAAGAAAAUCCAAAUAAUCAAUUGAAAAAAGGGAAACCAAAAAGGGUUAAGUUGAACACUGUUGAUGAAAUGGAGGAAGUAAUCUCCAAUAUCAUGGAAGCUGGAACUGAUUACAAUUUGGUAAUGGGUCAUUUAAAAAUUGAUGCUGUUAACAUUGAAUUCAUACAAAAAAUUGACAACUGGAUAGAAAAAAUUUGGGACAGUGUUCAAGAAUCGGCAUUGUGUGCAAUUGUGUUUGGUGGCACAUCCACUGACAAUGGUGUAGCAAUGGUGAGAGUGAAAAGUACUUCAUAACAAGGAUCAUACAGAGUUUGUAAAUUACAAUAUUUGAGAUAUAAGAUUAAUAUUUAUACAUAAUAUUAUUUAUCAA